AUGCUCAAGGAGCUAGGUGUGUCCAGAAGCGCUCUCUCUUCCCAGGGUUCUACCCCCCUCCCCCUCUUCUCAAGGACACCUCCACCACCACCCUCGUCUUCUCCUGCCCCUUCAUCCAUCGUAAACCCAUCGUCAACAAUCUCAGAAUCACCUCCAACUCCCUCGGAACCGUCUCCGGCGAUCGUAGAAUCGUAUCCAACCCUCUCAGAAACACCUUCAGACCUCUCAGGCGCCUCGCCCGCCCUCUCACGGGCUUCCGAACUCGUUUCCUCUGCAGAUUUCGUUGAUGUUGCUACUUCAACGUCCCUCAGAAGCUCGGCUCUAGAGACCGCACAAAGCCUUUUCCACUCCUCUUUUCCCCCCUACCCUUCCACUUUCACCUCUUCCUCCAUCAGCCACGAAGAAAGCACCUUCGCCCCAUCCCACAAAUCUGUGGCCAACAUCACAGCUUUCCAGGACCUGAGAGUUACACCUCUCGGCACUACUUCUGUCCUCCCGUCUACUUCUGCUGCCUUCCCCUCGCCAUCGUUGCUUCCACAUACGUCUUCGUGGCCAUCGCCUUCGCCAGGGCCUUCAUCUUCCUCGCCGGCACCGCCUUCUGCGUCUGUUUUAUCAUCGCCAACCUCGCCGGGGGUGUGCUGGGGCGGAGAGGCAGGAGGCUCCAUUGCCCUGAGCCCGGACCACCGUGGCAACCUCUGGCUUCUUACCUCAUACAAGAGAGGGCCUCAGGUGUCGCCAGGCUUAGUGUGGGUGCUGAACUUUACCUCCCUCACCUGGCAGGCUCUUGGGCAACAUAGCAACCAGGCUCAGCCAGGUGGUGAGGAUAGAGGCCCUCAGAACACGAUGGAACGGCAUUCUCAGCCUACAACGCCGUUACCCGCUGCUGCUGGUGAUAAUGUUGGGCAAGUUAUGAGUGGUGAUAAAGCUACAGUUACAGACCCGUUGGCGUUCUGCCCGUGGUCCCAUGGUCUAGUAGCCCUCUAUAGUGCAAACAGGUCCUCCACUAUCACCUGGCUCUUGCCCUACGGAAAUGAUACCUGGCGAAGACUCCACAAAGAUCAGGGGGUUGUAUUUCCUUCGGGAGCGGCAUCUGUGAUCGCCAGUUGGUGUGGCAGACAUCGUGACGCCCUCUGGCUGCUAACCACCGCCAGGAGAUCGGCAGCUGCCGUAGGGAAGAGCGACAGCAUCGACAGACAGACACUAUGGAAGCUGGACCAUAGAGGCAAGUGGUCUGCUUUGAACUUGGUGCCGGGAAGGGAGGAAAAACAGUUCGAUUUACAUCGCACUAUACGCAGCUGGAGCGAUGAUCGCGGCGCUCUCUUCCUCCUACAGGAACUGGAGAGUUUGAGGACCUCCCUGCGGUUGGUGAAGUUGAACACAGUGUCGGGGACGCGGACGUUACUUACCCUGCAGGCCGACCAUGAGAGCACCGUCUGGGUCCCCAGCUCCUCGGGUGAGUUGUACUCCAUAUUCUCUGAUCCUCGAGGCUCGUGGAUCGUGACCUUCAGUUACUAUACUGGCGUCGUCUUGAGGAGAGAGCGGACACGCGUGGCUCUCCACACAGAUAAUCUCUUAGUGAAGAUGAACGAGACGAUAUACAACAAUAUUCCUCUGUGCGGUGACACGCCCUACAUUACAAGCGAGGACGUUGUAGCGAAAGAAAUAAAUUUGUACCACAUAUCUCUGUCGCCCGAGUGCCCGCAGUUUGCCACACAACACACCACAACGCUACAACACAGAAACACACAAGUCACCAAGACUUUCCGUGGCACCAACACACCCACCCACCAGUUCCCCAACAUACAAGCAAUUGUUGGAGAGGACCGAGGGAGUGGUGGAGGGUCUGGGGUGGUCUCCACCAGCACCCUGCCUGCAGGGGAGACAAACCGCUCACUCCACAAUGGUUACGAAGGGAACUAUAUCUUCAUCACGGAUGGUAAGAACGAGAGUGAGGCGCCGCCGGGCCCGCAUCUGAGGGGCAAGAACCAUGCCAACAACUCUAUCAUCUUCUUCUCCCUCUCCCUCUCCAUCUUCGCCCUGGUGGGCAUCAUCAUCUUCGUCAGGCGCUGCGUCAGAUGUCCAGCUGCCCAUGAGCUAGGGGAUGUCCGGGACGAGCGGGGCAAGCCGCCCUCUCCUAUCCCUGUGCUCUACAGCAUCGUGUCUGAAGAUCCAAACUACGAGACCUCGACCAACAACUCGCCGUGUCCGUCGCAGAACGCUCUUUACGACGCCACCGUCACCACCGCCGCCGAUACGCCCAGCAUCACCACCCCUAAUGGCGGCACGCCCAACUACAUGACCCCCAGUUCCACCACGCCAACGGGUAUGUCCCCCAGCACCGUCACGCGCCACACGCUCACCCCAGCGUCUCACCCCAGGGACCCCGUCAGCUACGCCAUCACCAACACUACCACGGACGCCAUCAGUAUCGCCACCAAUAACGCCUUUACCAAGUACCUCAUCAACAGCGCCUCGGACCCCAUCAGCCUGGACGGCAGUUCGACCCUCAACACCACCAGUACCAGCACCACGCAGUUCUGAUCUAUCCUGUGCUACAGUAACAGCACUCGCGUCUAGUUAGAUAUUCUAGCAAUGGCAAUGCUAGACAUUUUAUACAGAAGCUACUAGAUAAUUAUCAAGAAACAGCGCUAAGUUAGAGUGACUAUAUAGCACUUAGAUAUUAUAUAAGGACGGAUUUUGAGCUGGGAUAUAAGGACAAAGAAAAGGUACGGUGCCAAAUCACAUAGACAGUCGGGAAUCGAUUGUCAAAGCUACUAAUAUAAUAUAGCAAUUAGCAUUUGUUAAUCUAGAAUUACAUAUUAAAUUGCAAAGCAAGGUUGCAUGAUUAUAUUUAAAUACUUCAAAAGCUGCAAUCCGGCAAAUGCUGAGCUCAAUGAUUCAUGAUACCUAGAAACUAAGAUUUUGGUAACAUUCGAAUAAGAGGUCCUAGUCAUGUUUAAGCACUACAUUUAAGGAAACACUAUACAGCUGGUUAUAUAUACAUAUA